GCCUCACAAACCAACCCAGUUAUUAGUCCAAACAAACAUAAAAAAUUUUAUCCUUCGUUUCCUUUCCGUCCAACUCUCUCGAAACAAACAAUGCGUAAAUAACUUCUGAGAGAAUAAAAGGGUCCGUUGUCGAGGUUUCGUUGAUGUGGGCAGUACGCAUACCGGCUAUGGCUGCCACCAGCGUGGCUUCAGCUGCUCUGAGAAGAGCUCUUCACUCACUUGAAUUCCUUCCUCCUCGUGCCAUUGGCUUCAAAGACAAGUUCUACUACUCCAGGCCUCUUCUUUUUGCAACUCCUCUCCAUUCAUCGUCAGCUUUGGGUCUAUGCCAGCUAUCACAGGCUAUAAAGAGUGAUACAGAUUUUUUACUGAAAGGAGUGGGAGACAAGGACACAAAUGAAGAUGUCAAGCGUGUGCUUGAAAUGGCAAAACGAGCAGCAACUAGGUGCGAAAUUCUACAUACUGGCUUUCUUACACCACCUGUACUGAAGGAGUCAAUCCAAGCUUUGAAAGAUUUGGUUGACAUUAAAACAGUUGCUCAAGGAGGAUAUCCAGAGGCUGAACGCUGCCGACUCUCAGUCGGACAUCCAGAAGUUUUGACAAGUGAUCCUGAUAUUGUUGCAGCUUUAAGUGUUUUAGGUAACUUUGGAUUCCAGCCUUGCUCUCAUGGUGACUUCCUUGGUGCAAUCCUUGGUACAGGGAUUACGAGAGAUAAGCUGGGUGAUAUUAUUUUGCAGGGAGAGAAGGGGGCUUACAUUCUUGUGGUUCCAGAGCUUGCUGACUACCUCACAUCAUCCUUGGACAAGGUUGGAAAUGUUUCAGUCACCUGUAAAAAGAUACCAUUGCUGGCUAUUGAAUAUGAACUGCCCAGAACCAAGGCUUUUAAAACUGUAGAAUCAUCGCUCAGGCUUGAUGCCAUUUCUAGUGCUGGGUACAAAAUUUCACGAACAAAAAUGGCUGCUUUAAUCAGUAAUGGAGAUGUUCGUGUGAAUUGGACCGGUGUGUUGAAAAGCAAUACUAAUGUUAAGACCGGAGACAUCAUCUCAGUCAGCGGAAGAGGAAGAUUGAAGAUAGGAGAAAUAAACUCAACAAAAAAAGGUAAGUUCGUGGUUGAACUGAUUCGAUAUAUGUGAGCAGCAAAAGUCAAAGUAUCUUGAUUCGGAUUGAUCACUAGAUGCUGCUCUAUUAUUAUCUUCAGCGUCGAACUUAUUUCAGAUCCAGCUAUAAAAAAACUCUAAGCCGUAUUACACUGGUGCGGUUGCUAUCCGAGAACAAUUAGCAGAUCUAGAUUUGCGAAUUAUUCUAGAAAAUUCGUUAGUAGAAUGGAAAGAAUUGGGGGAAGAGGGUGAGUUUAUAUCUCCAAUUCAUUCAGCUAUAAAAAUGACAAAGCUUUACAAUGUACUUUUCCAUGAACUUUUGACUCGCAAGCGUUAUGGUAUUUUUUCUCAUAGACGGACAUCGUGUAGUGUACAAAUUUCAUAACAACAGAGAAAAAAAAAAGGUCAUAUAUGGCCGUUCUUGUAUGAUUUGUUUGCUUUUCUUAGCAGAAAAUGUGAAUGCAACACUUUGUGCUUCAAUCA